AUGUACCGCAGUAUCUAUCAGGUUUCUAUCUCUUGGUCUUCCUUACUUUCCUUAAUUCCUAUCAACACUCCAUCCUUCUUGCUCUCUAUCACUUUAUACUUGCUUCUUCCAUCUUCUCCCCUUGUCUGGUACUCACAGCCACACGUCUCGUUCUGUACGGUGUCUUCACUCUGGCCACCUCUGUGGAACAUUCGCUCUGCUGACGCAGAAAUUUCCACCGGCCGGAAGUCCUGCAACCACUCCUCGCUGCUGCUUUCCCAACAAAACACCCCUAAAAUUUUUCUAAAUAAUUUAGUAAAAUUUUUAUUUUCCCUGUCAUUCCUCUCAAUCCCCCUGAUCUCUCUUACUUACUAUCAUUAUUCCUUCUUUCUUACUCUACCUCCCGUCCUUUCUCGCUUUCUACCACUUAGUACCAAUGUCUAA